AUGGCUACAGGAUCAUGGGCUGAGUACUUUGCAUCCUUGACCCAGAAUCAAAGGAAGAAUGAAAAUGUGCGAGACAUGAUGAAGCGGUUACGAGACCGGUCGAAAAGCGUCUUUGUCAGUGAUGAUGCUAUGUCUGUUCGAAUAACAGAUGUCUAUCAGGAUGGAGAGUGGGCACAAACCACAUUGUACAAGAAGUCUGAAGAGAUCACUCUUGUUUUAGAGAAUGAUAUCCCGGUCAAGUCGGAUACCAGGAUAAUAUCAAUAUACUCGGAGAACUCGAUCAUGCCUUUGAUGAUCAGCGAGGAUCUAAUGGGAAUCGUCAUGUUGAAACACAAUGUUCAUCCCAGUUUUCUAUCUGUUAUUCUCUCAUUCGGGGAAGACAUGCAUAUCUCAGAGGCUGGAAGCACCCAUGCAAUGGUUUCGCACAUGGAUGCAGAUGCAUCCUUUUAUGUCUCCUACCAACUGCAUUAUGUCGAGGAAAACCACCGGGAAGGACCUAAUCCCUGGUCGUUUCGGCGCACCGGUAUCUACCAUCAUCACACGCCUAAAAGGGACGUAGUUAUCUUGCUCCACCCUAACGAAACCAGCGUGCUUGAUGUUCGAUUGUUAGAGCUGCUUGGUCUCAAACCAUCAAUCAACUCACGAUCGUCAGACCAAAGCAACCAUUCUGUCGAUUCCCUCUUGCGAAACCCAGCAUCUCUCCACUCGUUGGUCAUGUCCACGUUCUCUGGGAAUUGGCGAUGGUUUCUCCGACACCUUGGUCAUAGAUUCGAACCUUAUAACGAUCAGGCAUUCGGGAUGACACCGGAGAAGUUGACCCCUCAAGAGAGCUUUAAUCAUCUCGUCACCCUCCGCAACCUGAAUGAUUGGGUCAACAAGGCACGGGCGUCCUGUGAAGGUACCCUUGAUCUUGUUUUGCGAUUGAAGGAUAGUUUUCACGAAUGCAAUGAGCACGAACCCAGGAUAAGGUCAUAUAUUCAAAGCUGCGAUGGAUUGACCCCCAGGAUCAGGAACACUACCGAUCUGCUUGGAUUUACCCUCAACCUGCACAACCAACUCGAAACAGCAAAGAUUGAUCGGGAAUUACGCGAUAUAACCGAGCAACUCCAGCUCGUUACGAGCGAGCUGAAAGACCUCCAGCGAGAUAACAUUGACGAUAGUGCAGCAGUCAAGAUAAUAACGUUUAUUUCGGCUAUUUAUCUGCCCGGUUCAUUUAUAGUCGGCCUUUAUGGCAUGAACUUCUUUGUUUUUGAUUCGGGCAAACAACAAAUUGUAAUUGCUCAGGACUUUUGGGUCUUCCUAGCCACAUGGCUACCCAUGACAGUCAUCACGUGGCUCAUGUAUAUUUGUAUCAUGUAUCUUGAUGCUUGGUGGAAACGGAGGCCGUUUUACUUGUUCAGGAGACGGCCAGGUCCUCCGGGGACCAGGAAUUGA